ACCGCCAUUAAAAGCAGCAGCAGCCGAAGUAGUUAGGACGGUUAUGGUUAGGAAGCGUUAUUGUAAAUAGAUGGUUGAGCUCUUCUGUGAAAACAUCGGUUGUGAAAGCACUACACGGCACUUCCAGCUUCACGGCAGCAGCUCCAGCGUUACGGACGUGAAGAUUUAACUGAACUUCCAUACCAGCUGCUGCUAACUUCAGGCCCAGAACAACACGCCAGCAUGGACUCCUGGGUUCGGUUUAACGGCCAGAGCCAAGCCAAGGAGCGAAUUAUUCGGGCUGCUCAGUAUGCCUGCACCCUGCUGGGCUACACUCUGCAGAAGGGCGGGGCAGCGGCCGAACUUCACAAAACAGUCAGUCAGCUGGAAGCACACAUGAGCCUGACAAGAAAGUUACUGCGUCUGGGAAACUCUGUGGAGGCGCUGGAGGCCGCCAAGAGGGCCAUACACCUGUCUGACAGUGUGCUGAGGCUCUGCCUGACUAUCAGUCACCUCAACAGAGCCAUGUACUUUGCCUGUGACAACGUCCUGUGGGCUGGAAAAACAGGCCUUAUCCCCAAACUGGACCAGCACAAAUGGAGUCAGAGAUCUUUCAGGUACUACCUCUUCGCUCUGAUCCUCAACCUAACUCGAGAUGUGUAUGAGCUCCGCCUUCUUAUUGAGUGUGAAGAGCGUACCAGAGCUGCCAAAUCACAGAACUCACCGUACCCCAGCACCACCCUGCCCACCGACCAGUUGUCCUCACCCGCCGCCGCCUUGCCUGUUGUGUCGACAUGGCUCCGCAGGCAGCUCCGCCUACUGGUGGCGGUACUGUACAACAACCCGCCACUGCUGUUGGACUUGCUGAAGAACAGUUGCGAUAUCUUCAUCCCACUGGACCGGCUGGGGAUUUACCCUACGGGGUCGGGCUUUGUUGGGGCCUGUGGCCUAGCCUCCUCUGUCCUCUCCAUCCUCACCAUGGUCCAUCCCUGGCUUAAACUCAAGCCAUGAACUCGGGUCCACAAGGAGGAGGACUGAGAUCAGAAUCUAACAGGGUUCACACACUGAUCAUUUUGAGCAGGCAGCAGCUGCUGGUGUACUCAGACCACAUUUCCUAAUCCUUCAGAAGUGUUUUUUUUUUCUGCAUAACUUACUGAUUACUGACCUGUGACCCGUGUCCACACAGGGCUGAAGCGAACCCAUGUUGUCCUCAUGUUCUCACAGUAGCCAGUGUUAAGUAAAUAUAGUAUAGUCUGUCAUACACUGGGAAGUGAUUUGUUGUUGGGUCUAAAGGAUUCAUUUACCACUAAGCUGUACUAACAGGCUAAACAUCCACUGAAUGCAAGAAAGGCUGAUGGCCUGUUCCUCCUUUGUCUCCAACGGUGCACUGAGUGUGGCUCAUUUUAUUUAGGUUACCAAAUAACGCAUACCGACACUAAACCCAAAUACUUAUUAAAUACAUAGGGAUGAGAAUUCAUUGUCCAACACAGCCUUCACAGAAAGAGCAGCACAGCUCUGUCUCCUCCAUCUGCUGUCUGCCCUCUUACCAAACGCAAAUUAAAUCGUUCGCUUGUCUCGCCUGAGUCUUACCGCUGGACUACUGCAGAGUGUUCACACACAACACCAUCAUGCGAAUAAACACAGCAAUUACUACUGUGGUAUAAAACCAAAGUUAACAUUUUCAAAGGGAUCAAAACUAUGCUGCAGAUUUGUUAAACUUAAAAAAUUUAUUCUUGUCAGGUCUGGCAGCAAGACAACUUCUAAAAUGUCAUGCAAUAAAAUGCAAAUUAAUUAUUUAAAAAUCAUGUGAUUUUUCUGGAUUUUUGUUUGAUUCUCUCACAGUUGAAGUGUACCUAUGAUAAAAAUUACAGACCCCUACAUGCUUUUGUAAGUAGGAAAACCUGCAAAACCAGCAGUGUAUCAGAUACUUGUUCUCCCCACUGUAUGCUUACUUUCGCCCAGCAGUCUGUUUUGUCCAGAUUUAUAUAAAUAUGAAGUAGUAGGUGACAACAGUGGAACUGGAAAGACAAGUUGGCUCGCUGCCGAGAAGUGAGUGAAAUUUUCAACUCUGAGCUCAUCCUGCUGGUAAAUGCGGGAGUUUAUUUGUCCAAAGGCUGCAGUGCUGCCCCAGCAGUCCUCCACAGCUCCACGUAGCUCAGCAGCUGUCAGUCAGCCAGCGCUCUGAAGCCAUCAGUGACGUCCAGACAAUCUCAACGCUUAUAGGUAAUCACAACACAGCGUCAUGCAACUUUAUCACUCCAAUUAAAGAAUUUUAACUUGCGCGAAUACCUUCGUAUUGCUGCCAUGCGUCCAGCCCAACACGAAUUUGCAUUGUGUCUGAGUCUUUGAAUUGACUUUGAAUGUAAUCGUUAUGCGCCCAACGCUCACCUCGCAUUUGUUCUGAAUGCACAGUAAGACCCGCCAUCUUCAAGCUUGUCAUGGUUGUCAUUUUUGAUUGGUUGCUGUUUGAUUUCAAGUUCUAGUAAAUCACGGUUUUGUGAUUACACCCAGCAAGUUCGGAUCAUCAUUCUUCCAGUAAUACAUGUUUCGAGCCAUCAAAUUCCGAACUGUCAGAGAGAAAUGCAGGAAUAUGAUGCAUUUCAUUGAAAGAAUCUCCACACUCAAUCUUGUAAGGAGAGAAGCACUGAUAAUGGUCAGGUCUGCUGCACUUGAUGUCAGCUUUUUCAUGUGGCACCACCGUCUUGCUCACUUUGUGCAGAGUCUAAAUGUUACCACAGUACAGGUUAUGUAGGUUUUCCUUACAGAAAUUACAGUACCCUACUACUGAAAACAUGAAAUACAUUGUCCACUGUUGUCAUGAAGGUGCAUACAUAAGUGUGUUUGUUACUGACAGGACGCACCUUUUACUGACACCUUCCCCUAACCCUACACACCCUUAACGUAGCCACACUGCAGAGAUGACCGUAAGCAGAAACCUCUGCCAGCAUACAGCGCUAUCAUCACCAACCUGCUAAUCGGAUGAGACCACUUUGGCCUGCUCGGGUCCGACUGACCUCUUGGUCUUUGACAUUUUACCAGUUCCUUGCUGCUGAGGGUAUCCUAAUUCAACUUGCAGUAAAAUUGGCUCAUGAAGCAUGCACAAAACAUGUUUUAGGUGUCACUGUGUGACCUGAACUUGUUUAAAAAAUCUGGUUGAAUAUGCAUCCAACAUAGGCAAACAACUGACUUACAAAUAACCUGAAUGGGAAAUAAAAGAAUGAUAACAGAACAUUAAAUAUUACAAAUGAAUUUACAGAUUUAGUGACAACGGAGGUGCCAGAGUGGUGCCUUACAUCUGUAACAUGAGUAAAGUGGCCCAUCAAGAGACUUCCAACAACUGUUCAGACUCCAUGACAAGUUAAGAAUUCACAAAUCCAGAACAAACACAUUUUCUUAACCUUUAGUAGAACCAUUCCUGUCACCCGUAUCAUCACCUUUUCAUCAGUACACAUCUACAGUGGCUUUAACUUUUCCACAUUUUUUCACAUUACAACCAUAAACGUAAAUGUAUUUUAUUGGGAUUUAAUGUGAUAGACCAACACAAAGUGGCACAUAAUUGUGAAGUGGAAGGAAAAUGAUACAUAGUUUUCAAAAAAUUUUCACAAAUAAAAAUCUGAAGUGGCGUGCAAAAGUAUUCAGCCUCCCUGAGUCAAUACUUUUGCAGCGAAUAACGUCUUUUGGGGGAUGUCUCUACCGGCGUAAACGGAGCAGAAUACUUCUGCACGCCACACUUCAGAUUUUUAGACCAACACAAAGUACCGCAUAAUUGUAAUGCGGUACUUUGUGUUGGUCUAUCACAUGAAGUCCCAAUAAAAUACAUUUACAUUUGGGGUUAUAACAUGAAUAAACGUGGAAAAGUUCAAGGGGUAUGAAAACUUUUGCAAGCUGCUGUAUGAAACGUUGCAAUUUGGGGACCUUGACCCAAAUAUGUUACUCGCCAUCAGUGAAAAUGUACUCGCUGCCUGCAAUAAAGUGCAUGUGUGUGGA